AUGGUUUUAGCGGAGCUGGGCGGGCAGAUUGCCAGCGCCUUACAGAAGAUGAGCAAUGUGACGAUUAUCGACGAGAAGGCUCUGAAUGAAUGUUUGAAAGAGAUCACUCGCGCUCUUCUCCACUCCGAUGUUUCUUUCCCUCUUGUGAGGGAGAUGCAGAACAACAUCAAGAAGAUCGUUAACCUCGACGAGCUAGCAGCUGGUCACAACAAGCGACGGAUCAUCGAACAGGCCAUCUUUAGUGAACUGUGUAAGAUGUUGGAUCCUGGGAAGCCUGCAUUUGCACCCAAAAAGGCUAAACCUAGUGUAGUUAUGUUCGUCGGGUUACAAGGUGCUGGUAAGACCACAACGUGUACCAAGUACGCUUAUUAUCAUCAGAAGAAAGGCUACAAACCAGCUCUAGUCUGUGCCGAUACUUUCAGGGCUGGUGCUUUCGAUCAGCUCAAACAGAAUGCCACUAAGGCUAGAAUCCCCUUUUAUGGAAGCUACACGGAAUCCGAUCCUGUGAAAAUUGCUGUUGAGGGAGUUGAUACGUUUAAGAAAGAAAACUGUGAUCUUAUUAUUGUUGACACCAGUGGACGCCAUAAACAAGAAGCUACUCUCUUUGAAGAAAUGCGUCAAGUUGCUGAAGCAACGAAACCGGAUCUGGUUAUAUUUGUCAUGGACAGCAGUAUUGGUCAAGCUGCAUUUGACCAAGCUCAAGCAUUUAAGCAAAGUGUUGCUGUGGGAGCUGUGAUUAUCACUAAGAUGGACGGUCAUGCCAAGGGUGGUGGUGCUCUUAGCGCUGUUGCAGCUACAAAGAGUCCUGUGAUAUUCAUCGGAACAGGAGAGCAUAUGGAUGAGUUUGAAGUGUUUGACGUCAAACCAUUUGUCAGCCGUCUCUUAGGAAUGGGUGAUUGGUCUGGAUUCGUGGAUAAAUUACAAGACGUGGUACCUAAAGAUCAACAGCCCGAACUUCUGGAAAAGCUCUCUCAGGGUACCUUCACAUUGAGAAUUAUGUACGACCAGUUCCAGAACAUACUGAACAUGGGUCCACUGAAGGAGGUUUUCUCGAUGCUGCCUGGAGGUGCUGCUGAAAUGAUGCCGAAAGGACAUGAGAAAGAAAGCCAAGCGAAGGUAAAGCGAUACAUGACGAUGAUGGAUUCUAUGACAAACGAAGAACUGGACAGCUCGAACCCGAAGGUUUUUAACGAGUCAAGGAUGAUGAGGAUAGCGAGAGGGUCAGGGAGGCUUGUAAGAGAAGUGAUGGAGAUGUUGGAAGAGUACAAGAGGCUAGCAAAGAUAUGGAGCAAAAUGAAAGGGCUCAAGAUCCCAAAGAGUGGAGACAUGAGCGCACUCUCGAGAAACAUGAACGCUCAGCACAUGAGCAAAGUCCUCCCUCCUCAUAUGCUCGAUCAGAUUGGUGGCAUGGACGGUCUAAAGAGUCUCAUGAAACAGAUGGGUUCGAGCAAGGACAUGAUGGGAAUGUUCGGCGGCAAAAAGAAGUAGUUUCUUUCUCACCCAAAAGAAACAACAGGUUGCUCGUUUGUCAUUAUUAGUUUCUUUUGUUUUUUUUGUAAUCAAAUUAUUUUAUACCAAAAGAGUUUGGUGGAACAAAACUGUUUUCAGCUUUGAACAAAUCCCUUCGAAUCAACAAUAAUACAAUAAGGAAAAACAAUAAAAG